AUGGCUAAUCCAGUGCUGGCUCCCUUGAGCUCUGCCGUGGCGUUCGCCUAUGGCAUCCUCACUAUGAUCCUCUACUUUCUCAUGAGCGUCAAAAACGGAUUGUUUUUUGAAAAGCCCACAAAGGAAUUUCAAUCUGAGCUGGACGCAGCUCGAACACGAUUCUGGAAUUUGUCGGAGCAGGUAGAUGGUCUCCGCCACCAGUUUCUAACUCUCCGGGAUGGCUUCAAGUUUCACUAUGUCACCAAUGUCGCUUCGGUCACCCCAGACACACCCUCGAAACCUCUGGUUAUCUUUAUACAUGGGUUCCCGGAUAGCUGGGUCGGGUGGCGUAAAGUCAUCAGUUCGGCUCAGUUGCAGGACGCGUGUUCAAUAGUUGCGGUUGACCUCCCAGGGUAUGGAGGCUCCGACAAGCUUCAGAAAUAUACCGCCACAGAGGUUCUCGAAAAGCUGACCGAAUAUAUUAUCGCGCUGCGAGAGCGUUACGGCUUUGACGGGCCGACUCAUGACCAGACAUCCGAGAAAGUAAUCAUAGUCGCCCAUGACUGGGGCUGUAUUCUUGCGAUGCGUCUUGCGGCAGAUGCGCCGCAAUUGGCAGAUAGAUUCAUCCUGACAAACGGUCCACUUGUCGGAUUGGUCUCAUCCAACAUCAAGAGACGCGUCUCUUCUGCUGUGAAAUUGAUGAAGAUGUUUUUGCAUUCCCCACUGCAGUCUCGUUCAAUGCUGGGCAAGGCCUUGCACGCUCUCAAACCAGUUAUUCGACAGGUUGCCCUCUCCGGAUAUGUUUUCUCAUUGCAGUUGCCUUUACCAUUUGUCCGUCUUCAAGGCGCUUCUGGGGACCGAGCGCUGGUGAGGAUGAUUCAUAAAAUGGCCCACGGCCCCGUCGGAGAGUACACAGUGAAAGAUGCCGCCGAGAGUAUGGCCGGCAGUCUUGGCCCAUCCGCAAAAGAAGGAGCAAGCGAGACCGCCGACCAUGAGAAAUACUCCGAAAAUGUAGCACGACAGCCAUUUUCCGAAAAGUUUGUCCACAUGACCAGCUACUACAGACAUGGCACGAGCGUGCGGCGCUGGAACAAGUCAAUCGAGACGAUCACGGGCCUUUAUGGUUUGGGCCGCGGGAAUGACUUGGGGCGGAGGAGCAGUCGUGCGGGUGUCUUUGAUGAAGGUCCUAAAGGAGCAUUGAAAGCAAAUGCUACCGUUGUCUGGGGACUAAAUGACGACGCUCUCGACCCGCGGCUCAACUUUGAUGGCAUUGGAGACUAUCUUGUUCACAAUAGCCAGGUUAUUACGUUGCCCAGAAGUGGUCAUUUCACGCCAGUUGAGCAAGAGAGCGUCUCAGCGCUACAGAAGAUUGUUGAGUGGGCUGUGGCAGGGGAGAAAGACGAUGUUGAUCCAGUCGUCAAGGCUGUAUACCCUGGAGCAUCGGUGACUCUUCGGACCUAA